AUGAUCAAAACAAGAAAGUCCGGAAAAGCUUCUAUUGAUUUGUUCGUAUCUUCUAUAUGUAAUGAAAGAUGCUGUUCCACUAUUUCUGCAGCGUUUAAAUUUUUAGGAAGCCAAGAUGAAAUGAAAUUGGAUGAAGAUAUCAAAAAUGAGGUUCAAGAAAAAACUCUCGAGCCCAUUACGAUCGCGGAUUGGGAACCAUCAAGGAAAGGACCCGCUCUUCCUUCACCUCCAAAGCACAAAAGAAGGCAUGAACUGGAGGAUACAUCAUUGUACUGUUCAGAAGUUCGACGUGAGGACGUCCACCAAAACGCUAUCACCAGGAACAUCAUUCGACUGAAGACUAACUCCUUCGACAAAUCACCACCUCAGGGACUGGAUCCUAACUUGUUGCACUGCAUCUGCCGAACAACGUACAAUCCCAGAAGGAUUUUUUGUGAGUCUUGCAAUCCUGUUGCUUCGACUGCAAACGCGCUGCUGGUAACGAAUACGUUUUCGGAGGCAGUGAACAGCUUCACAGGAGAAAUUUCUUUGUCUUCUUUAGUGAAAUUAGGAAAACUCGUACGCCAAUUCGAAAUCAAUCUUGAAAAUAAGGAACUGCUAGCGACAAAGAUGAAAAAAGUGAAUGCCAUUAAUCUACAGCAAGUCAAAGAUAUGCAAAGCGCUAUCGACCUAAUGAGACCAUCCUCAGACUCAGUUGUGAGGACCCUAGCUGGAAUCGUAAAAGAACAAAGCAAUAUCACAGCUGGACUAAGUCUCAGUACGCAAUUCUCUCCAAUCAGCAAGAACAUGCGGAAGAAUUUCACGAAGUCCUGGAAAUUCAACGAAUUUCCUGCAUUCAAGAAUGCUAACAUGAUCGAGUUAUUCGAGAACUGGACGCAGCCAUCAAGGGCACACAGGAAUGACCAUUCUUUGUUAUUGAUGGAUUUUUAUAGGUUCUAUUUUUUGCAUCUAAGGAGCGACGAAGAGGCUAGGACGAAGAUGUUUGACAAGUUGUCGGAGGCGAGGAUGAAGUUUAAUGGAUUAGCACGAGUGGCUAUAGGAAGAGCUUUGUGGGUUUUCCAAAGAUAG